AUGGCGGUGCAGACCAUCCUCACAUGCCACACCUCCGCUGCCCCUGGCACGGCCCCCGGCUUGGACGGGGCUGCAUUGGCAGUCGUGGGCAGCUUGGCCCGUGGGGGGUACCUGGGCCUUCCAGGAGGGGAGGCCCUGGUGGAGUUUACGGUGAGCCUGUGUGCCAGGUCCGGAGAGGAGGUGAGGAGUUGGGAGGCCAUUGAGGAGUGUGGCGUUCCGGGCAGGGCCGGUGCUGGCCCCAUGUUGGAGUGGCUGUCCUUGGUGGAGGGCUCAGAGAACAUCCUGUGGGGCCCGCUGCUCCAGUAUGUCCUGGUUGAGGACUACACCCAGGCUUUGCCAACUGUGUGCCGUUGCCUGGAAAGGUUGGCUCUCAGGGAACCCCACAGACCCGGCCUUGGGGAUGGGGACCAGCACGGCCUCCCCUCGCCCGAGGGCCUCCUCAUCAGGCUCCUCGCUGUCUCCUCCCUCCCAGGAGGCUGUGCCCCGGACGCCCUGAGGCUCCUCCUGGCGCUGGGCCCCGGCCUCCCUGCGGCCGCAUGGCGGGCGUGCCAGGCCGAGAUACCCAGGAUCCUCCUGGCAUUGCCGGGGGCCUGGGCUGGAGGCCAGGGAAGGUGUUGGCGCCGCUGGGAGGAGAGGCUCUGCUUACUUUUCCUGUUGGCCAGCGGCGGCGACGAGGCCUGGGCCGAGCGGAUGGGCCAGGAAGCCAUGAGGCAGGCGGGCCGAAUGGCCUGCGGGGCCUGGGAGAGGGGCUUCCUGCUCCGCGGUGCCGGUGGGCUGCUGAAGCAGACUGGGAGCCGGGAGCUGGUGCGGGCCCGGCUGCAGGAGAUGCUGCGGGUGGUCCGUUACCAACGGGCCCCGGAGGUGGAGGGCCUGGCCCGUGGGAUCGGGCUGUGCGCCGCCCGGCACCAGGACGAGGCACUGGGGGAGCUGGCACGCUUUGCCGGGAGCCUUUUGGGCCAGGGUGGCCAGGGGAAGGGGGGGGAGGAGGAGGAGGCGGUCAGGAGCGGGAUCCUCCUGUGCUAUGGCCGUGUGGCGCAGGGGGCUGCAGCUCAGCACCUCCUGCUGGGCUUGGAUGCUGAGCUGCUGAGACCUCUCCUCCUCCUGUACCUGGGGGGUGAGACCCCAGGCCCUGGGGGUAAGGCCCACGGCCUGGGCUCAGGGCUGAGGCUGGUCAGGGCCCUGGUGUGGGUCUCGCACCUCGCCCUGGGCAACGGGCAGCUGGUCUGCAGUCCUUGCCCCUCCAAGGAGGAACUGCUUUGCUGCCUGCAGGAGCUGCUGGGAGUCCAGCCCCUGGGGGGUCGCACAAGCAGCCCCCUCCAACAUCACGCCCUGAGAGCCUGCAGCCUCCUCAUCCAACUGAAGCCUGCACUAGGCCGGGAGAGCACUUUCCAGCUGGUGAGGAGGUGCGUGGGCAGCGUCAUUGGCCUCAGGCUCUCGGAGAGGCCUGCAGGCCAGAUACUCCAUGCCCUGCGAGGCCUAUUGGAGCAGGCCCUGCUCCAAGACCUAACGUGGGAGGGACUCGGGUCACUGCUCCGGGCCCUGGAAGGUUGGACAUUGUCGCUGGAGGCCCAGGAACGGGAGAGGUCUCUGGAGAUGAUGGCUAAGCUGCUGGCUUUCUACCGGGAGAGGGCUGGCUGUCAGGUAGGGGAUGGGUGUCCCGCUGGCUACAGGCCCGAGGCCCUGCUUGGCCGGCUGCUGCCCAGGUGCCUGGACCCGUCGGGCCCAGUCCGCCUCCAGGCCCUGGACUGCCUGCUGGAGCUCUUCCAGCUCCUUGGGGCAGGCCCGAUGGUAGCCAUCAGCUUGCAGAGGCUGGGGGAGCUCUGGGAGAAGACAGGAGGGCCCAUCCACUUGGGGCUGUGUUUGGAGUUGGCAAAGUCACUCUGCCAGGCCGUGCAAGGCCUGGGACUGAGACCCCUACUGGCUGCCCUAUGCCAGGGCCUGAGGGACUCCCAUCCAGAGGGAGCGGGGGCCUGUGCAGCGGUGCUCCAUACUGUCAUCUGGGAACGGGGCCCAGAGCUAAGGGUAAAGGGAGAGUCUGGGCUGAUGCUGCUGCUGAGGGAACUGUGGGCCCAUCUUCGGGAAAGCAGACACCCCCACAUCCAGCUGGUGGCCCUUCGCAGCCUGGCCCUGCUAGCCCGCUACCACCCAGAGCCUGCCCUCCACUUCUUCCUGGACUGCAGCCACCAGCCCAGGCCGGGGGAGGGCCAAAGGCUCUGGGCAGCCAUGGGGUGGUGUCCCGGCCUGGCCGUUCGCCUGACAGAGCUGCUCCUGGAGAGGCUGAGAGCAGGCCUGGCCCAGGAGGAGGUGGACGAGGACCAGCAGGAGGAGGAGAGGAAUAGGAGGAAGGAGUCUGAAGCACUGGGCCAACUCCUGCCCCAUCCAGGCCUGGGCCCAUCCCUGCCCACCAUAUACCCCAGUUCCUUCGCCACGCUGCUCCUGCUCUGCUCCCGCCAGCUUCUGGGCCUAGGCUCAGGCAAGGCCUCACCAUCCGACAGGGCAAUGUCCCUGCUCAGGGCCCUGCUGACCCGAGGGGACAGGCCUGAGGUGGCCUCCUUGAUGGAGGAGAAGGGAGGCUGGGAGCUGCUGAGGUCCCCAGGCUCCUACCAGCGAGGGGUCUCGCUGCUGGCUGACGCCAUGGCCCGAGGGGCCAGUCCGCACCUCCCCGCCGUCCUUGAGAGCCUCUCGUCAGCACUGGACGCCUGCAGGAGGGGAGGGCAAGGCCCGGGGAGGGGGGGGUCACCCACCAUGGCCACAGUGGCUGCCUUUUUCAGCCAGGUCGCCAAGUACCAUCCCGCACUAGGCCCAGGGCACGCCGACCUCCUGCUGAGUGGCCUCCUCCACUGCCUGCUCGACCCCUCGCCCUCCACCCGCCUCCUUGUCCUGAGGGGCUUUGGUAACGUGGCAGCCGCCCCCUCCGCUCCCCCCAGGGAGAUGGUGGGGCCCACCCGGAGACGCCGUUACACCACCAAGCUCCUGGCCGCUCUGAUGUCUGGCAUGGAGGGGGCAGCUCAGGCUGGGCAGGGGCGAGAAGAGGAGGCCCAGGUGAUGCUGGAGGGCCUGAGGGCCAUGUCCGAGGUCUUGGCCCAGUCAGAGGGCGAUGGAGAGGGCCAGGGGGCCCCUGGGGACGUCCUGGUCAAUCUGUGCCUGGGGAUCCGACCACUCUUCGAGGCCCAGUCAGCGAUGGUGCGUGCGUCUGCUCUGUCCAUCUUUGGGGCCUUGUCUCGUUUCGCUGUAGGGUCCUGUAGGCUGGUUUACGUGGAGCAGCUCCGCUCCGUCCUGGUGGGCCUCCUGGUCUACGUCAAUGACAGCAGCCCGGAGGUGGCACAGGCCUCAGUCCUGCUCCUGGCCUCGGUGAGGCCUCUGCUGGGCUGGGACGGCCUUCAGAUGGAGCAGGACAGUGCCCACGGAUACCAGGCCUUCCUGAGCCAGCUGAGCCGGUCCGGCCUACACCAGGGGCCUGGCUACACCCAGACCUACCUCAGCAGUGGGCUGCGUUUCUGUAGCCACCCGCUCCCGCAGCUCCGCGCUAAUGCCAUCGCCAUCACCGGGCAGCUGCUGAGGAACAUGCCCAAGGACAGCAGGUACCCCCUGGGGGACGAGGAGCAGCUCGUCUACAGGACCAUCACCUCGAUGCUCCGGGAUCCAGCCGCCACGGUCCGACUCCAGGCAGCUAGAACCAUCAGCCUCUUCUUCUCCUAG